CAUAAACGUUCGCUGUUACUGGUGGUGCAGUAAGUGAAGGGUGAUCUAAUUUGUGGAGAAUUGUGUUUACUAUAAGGAUGAAUGGCAUUGUGGUACAGAUUUUGACAGCAUUUUUACUUGCUGUGCCUACUUUAAUGGUAGGUGUUGGAAAUACAUGGCCCUCAUAUACUCUGAAAACCCUGGAAAGAGAGGACUCACCACUAGGGCACCAGAUAACCAAGAGUGAUGGAAACCUCAUAGCAUCUAUAUCCAUGUUGGGAUCACUAUCAGUGAUCUUGUUCGUCGGGUACAUUCUCGAUAAAAUUGGGAGAAAAAAGACUGAAAUACUCAGUGGCCUUGCUUUUGCUCUAGCAUGGUCUGUAAUCACAGUCGGAAAAAGUGUAACACAAAUACUGAUCGGACGGUUCGUACUUGGAAUAGGCGCCGGCUUGCACUUUGCAGCCAGCGUCGUCUACAUAUCAGAAAUGAGUCAACCUUCGAUCAGGGGACCUCUAAUAAGUAUUAACUCCUUCGCUUACAAUAUAGGAACACUAUUAUCCUAUACUGAAGGCUGGUUCUGCAGCUAUGAAGUCAUCAACUACUUGAAUUUGACGGUCGCUGUCGGCUUUGUGCUCCUGGUACUAUGUAUCAAAGAAACACCUGUUUUCUUGUUAAGAAACGGAAAAGAUAAAGAGGCAUUGAGUUCACUCAAAUUUUAUCGAGGUAAAAAUACUGCAACCCAAGAUAUAUUAGAUGAACUACAUUAUAUCCGAAGUCAACUAAAUAAUGAAAACGCCAUCGACAGUCCUGAAACUCAUGAAUUAAGUGAAAAGGAAAAACUAAAAGAAAACGAGAUUGCACAAGAAAACAUUACGAAGCAGAAAGGUGUAUGGGAGACUUUGCGAACAUCGAGAGCGUCGCGCAGGGCAUUAACAUUACUGGUAGUUCAAGUACUAUUAUCGAUUUGCAUGGGCAUGCUCGCUGUUCAGGCCUUCGCUGGCCAGUUCUUCUCGCAGGCAGCCCCAAGUCUCUCACCAGAUCUAUGCUCGGUUAUUCUGGCUAUAGUCAUGGCUCUGAGCUGUGGAAUGUGUGUUCUUAUCACUAAUUUGAUACCUAGAAGGGUCUUAAUGAUAUCAACGUGUAUAUUAUCAGCUUUGUGCAUGACCUGCGCGGCCACCAUGCUGCGCUGGGCUUGGGCACCCGAGUGGGGUAUACCUCUGUCAAUGUUAUUCUUCUGUAUGUUUUACCAUUUUGGUUUAGUAAACUUACCAUUCGUGCAAAUCAGUGAAUGCAUUCUGCCUCAGAUUAAUAGUUUUGUUACAUCAAUGAUCAUGUCUUCCAUGAUGCUUGGAAACUUUGUACUGCUGUUUUUAUUCAAACCAGCGGUGGAUGUUCUGGGUUUAGAUGGAGUAUUCUUUUUAUUUGCUGCGAUCGGCUUUGUUGCUGCAUUAGUAUCAACUUUAUUCAUGCGAGAGACAAGAAAUGUUCCAUUUGAAGUCGUUCAAAUUAGCUUCGAACGAAGCUGUUUUUAUCGAGGAUAUAAGUAUGUAAACCCCAUUGAACACUAAACUUACAACAAAACACUCUAUAUUUAUUUAGUGUUAAAAUAAAAUGUGAUAUUUUUUUAA